AGCACGGGGUGACGCAUCAUGGCGGCAGCGGUUAUUAUCCUGAGGCCUCUGGGCCGAGGCGCCGCCUGGGUGGGGAAGCGGCUCCUGCCCGAGGCUGGAGGCGUGAGACGCGGCUGGUGGCGGCAGGCGCGUGGGCAGGCGGCAGAAGUGGACACUGAGCCCCGCGUCGGAGACGCGCUCUGGGGACCCUUUCCCGCCCCUCUCCGCCGGGACAGUCACAGGCCAGCGCCCCGGCCAGGCCGCUGCCCCAGCCUGUCAGGCCCGCCGGAGAGAGACCGUCCUGCCGGAGCGGAGAUUCUUUCAGGGGUUCUUCUCCUUGCGAUCGAAGCCUCCUAUCCACCGCCCCCGGUCCAUCCCUUGCAGGAGCCCCCCACGCCCCUUCCCGGUGUGUUUGGAAAAUUAACUCUUUUCAGAAGAGGGCUUGCACUCUCAGCAGUGUCUUACUUGGGUUAUGAAGCUUACAACUCUAUUUCUCACUCUGCUGUGGUUCAUGCUAGUGUCAAAGUUGAGGAAAUCAUAGAGCAAGCAGACUACCUAUAUGGGAGUGGAGAAACCAAAAAGCUCUAUCAGUUGCUGACCCAGCACAAAAACAGUGAGGAUGCGGAGAUACUAUGGCGUCUAGCGCGGGCCUCACGUGAUCUAGCCCAACUUAGUAGCACCUCUGCAGAGGAGAAAAAGCAACUGGUUUAUGAAGCUCUUGAAUAUGCAAAGAAGGCACUGGAGAAAAAUGAAUCAAGUUUUGCAGUACACAAGUGGUAUGCAAUCUGCAUCAGUGAUGUUGGAGAUUAUGAAGGAAUCAAGACUAAAAUUGCAAAUGCAUAUGUUAUCAAGGAACACUUCCAGAAGGCCAUUGAACUCAAUCCUAAAGAUGCUACCUCAAUUCACCUUAUGGGCAUUUGGUGUUACUCAUUUGCUGAAAUGCCAUGGUACCAAAGCAAAAUAGCUGCAAUGCUAUUUGCAACACCACCAACCUCCACGUAUGAAGAGGCCCUAAGUUACUUUCACAAGGCUGAAGAAGCUGAUCCAAACUUCUACAGCAAAAACUUGCUGCUUUUGGGGAAGACGUACUUGAAGUUAAACAACAAAAAGAUGGCCCUCUUGUGGCUAACAAAAACCAGGGAUUAUCCGGCACAUACAGAGGAGGAUAAACAGGUACAGAAAGAAGCUGUGGAACUGCUCAAGUCUAUAUGAAGAGAACUAAACUAUUAAGAAGAAACUACAUUAAAUGUGACUAAAGCACAGGACAAAAUACCUAGAGCUUGUUCUACUGUGGCUGUUAUUAAAAUUAAACUUGUCACCUUA